UCUUAAUCGCUGAGAUAAUAUAUUCGUAAAAGGGUAUAAAUAUUUCGAUCCGUCGGCUAUGUAAUAUUCGGCCAGUUCAGCAUACAGAAGGAAUACAAAAUGGGUGUCCUCUUUACGUAUAUUUCAGUGUUUAUAGCCCAACUCAGUUUUCUCAUUGCUUCAACUGCUCUUACAUGGCCGUCUCCUAUGCUUAUAAAACUGAAUGGCACAGAUGACAAUCCUCUAGGCUACAAGAUCUCAAAAACAGAAAAUAGUUUUUUAGCUUCGUUACCAACUGUAGGAGCAAUCACUGGAUCCGUGAUCUCUGGAUUUUUGGCAUCAAAAUUCGGUAGAAAGACCCUUUUGUUGAUCCAUGCAAUACCUUUUCUUGUGUGUAACUUGGUGAUGGCAUGGUCCAAAGUUAUAUGGCUUAUGUUUGCCAGUAGAACCAUAAUUGGAAUAGGAUUAGGAGGUAUCUUCACCAUCCUGCCAAUGUAUUGUGGCGAACUAGCACACUCAAGUAACAGAGGUAUACUGAGUGCUUCCACAACUGUAUUCAUGAAUAUUGGCAUGUUAAUUCCAUACUCCUUGGGGCCGUAUAUUCCAUUCUUCUGGUUUCACAUUGUUCUGGCAGUUAUACCAGCUAUCUUCAUUGUAGCUUUCUACCUAGUGGCUCCAGAAAGUCCAUAUUACCUCAUUAAGAAUGACGAAUCAGCAGCAGAGGCUGUUCUGAUGAAAAUAAGAGAUAAAGCAAGUGUUCCUGAUUUAAUGACUGAGAUGAAGGAGAAUUCGAAGCAAACUAACGAUGCCUCCAUAAUAGAUAUACUCAAGAGUAGAGCCCUGAGGAGAGCCAUGAUUAUGGGAUUCGGCGGUUUCACUUUUAUGUGUCUGACUGGAACCGUCAUAGUUGCGUCGUACAGUGAAACUAUCUUCAAAGAAGCAGGAGGUAACAUAUCUCCAGAAAUAUGUCCUAUAAUCAUCGGUGUUGCCCAGUUGUUGAUGACAGUUUUUGUAUCUGCAAUAACUGAUAGAUAUCCCAGAAAGUUCUUACUAACACUCUCUCACAUAUUGGUAUCUUUAGUGCAGAUACCAUUUGGUACGUACUUCUUCUUGAAACAAAAUGGCUAUGAUGUCGAAAGCAUAAGUUGGUUGCCAUUAGUAUGCCUUAUAACAUACGUAUGCGUGUAUAACAUUGGAGUUGGGCCCAUUCUGCUUACUUUACUUGGAGAACUGUUUCCACCAAAAGUGAAAGGUCCGGCAGUUUCCUGUUUAGUAAGCACUAAUUGGGUGCUAGCCUUCCUGAUGACUUCUCUUUUCAAUACAUUGAACGAUUUAAUUGGUAUCGGUAUUCUGUUCUGGAUAUUCUCAGCGUGUGGUUUUGCAGCUGCAAUAUUCGUUAAGAUUUUUAUGGUUGAAACUAAAGGCAAAACUUUAGAAGAAAUACAGGACGAACUGAGUUCUUGAUAAAAUAGUUAGUGUAGCGAAGCACGCAGGUAUUGAAAGUAGAUUAUCAAAUUGGAUGAAAAGUAGAAAAAGUGAAGUGCCUCUCAAUCGCUCAGAGUAGAUAAAUAGAUACUAUUUAUUUUUUGCAAUCAAUGCACUCACAUAAAAUAUAUCGAUUUUUCGAUAUAUGAAUAUUUGUGAACAAAUAAUUUUGCUGGCUUCAGAUGAGUAGUAAAAUGGGUUCAAUCGAUUAAAGAUCUUGAUUUUUAGUGAUAAAAUUUUUUAUUUACACUAUUUUUGUUAUAUCUUAAUUUUUUCUCUUGAUGUUCAACUUAUUUUAUAUAUAUAAAUGUUAAUAAUAAUGUAUUCGAGUCAACUCAUUUCUUCUUUAAUUGGUUAUUAUAUUUAUAUUUAUGGAGAGAGAAUGAUGAGUUAUUAUUUUAUUAAAUCAGAUCAUAAUCUCCUUCCAGAUAAUAUGGAGGAUGAUAUUUACUUUUCAAAUCAAGAUCAAGUUGAAUAAUUCAAGAAAUCAUUGAAUUAUUUCUCAUUAGAAUUGAGCAAUAUCACAGAUGAUCAAUUAUUCAAUUCCAUUCUUAUGAGCAAAGACGAUUAGAUCAAAUCAGGAUUAUCAAUAUUUCUACCAUAUAGGUACACUUUUUAUAUAUCAAACAAAAAAUAUCGUU